UGAUGUUAAAAGAAAUUGGUAGAAUGGAAAUCCAAGCUGUUCCUUACAAAAAUUUAUCUUUUGUGAACCAAAGUAAUUCAUCAUCAAUCUCUCAUUUUAAUUUCUCAUUGUUUCGCUGUUUGCCCCUCUAAUGUAUACAGUGCCAUCUGUUCAGCAUUUGUUAGAUGUCCAUGGUAACGACUACAGCAUAGCGAGAAGAACGAGAGCGGCCACCACAGUGUGACAGUUGGCAAAUUACCACAUGUAACCGUGAGCAAAUUGUAACGAUAAAACGGAAGUUUCUACCUCUAACAAUGAAAAGGAACUUUGCUAAUACGAUGCUGGAGAUAAAGGUGAAUAAGAAUGAGGACGGAUUCAUUUAACGAGAGUCAACAUUUCCAAAGAUUCCAGAAAGACGCAAGGAAUGUUCUAGAUGUGUAAAUGUGCACUGUAUACAAAUCGUUUAUGAGACUCGAAUGUGAGAUCUUCUAAAUGUGACGACAACACCGCAUUUUGAGUAAUUCAAGGCCAGCCACCUCUACUAAAUUGCCAGUAUCAUUAUUGUACUUGUAUACCUAAUUCUGCUUAAGUCAUGGUGACUGUUGGUUGCGUGUAAUCUGAUAUUAUUUAAGCUUUUACAUGAACAUUUAGAAUGAUAUCCUAACUGAGCUAAAUUGACAAGAGGCUGUCUUUCACCCAUUAUGUGGACCUUUCGCCAACUACCACAGUCAUCGCUUCUCUGGGUUUACUCUCUAUAAUGUCUUUCGUACUGUAAUCAAAAGAUGCAUUUCAGUUGCACAUCGCUUGUAAUUGUUCAUAUAUCCGUCGUUGCAAUAAUGUUAAGCACAUCAUACAGCCUGUAGCCCCGGGUUGAACGAAACUAGACACAAUUCGGAACAGGUAUGUAAAGUUUAACUUGAAAGACUGAAACCAUCACAGUAUACGCAGGAUGUAAUGUAUGAUAUAAGGCCAUACAUGUAUGUAGUCCUCAUGUGCAGGACCCUUUGGCACAUUAGAUGACCCUUUUUUUAAAGUUUAAUGCUGGUAGAAGCAUUUAACAGGAAACAAAAAAUCGAGACAUGCUAGCACUUUUACACUCGCAUUAAGCAGUGCUUGAAGCGUGGCCUACAUCGACACGCCAAACUAUAGGAGCAGCAACAUAAAUGCUCACCGAGUUAACUGAAUAUAAAAUAGAUCUUAUAAAUACCGCCGUUGGAAAUUAAUAUGAAAACCAUCAUGAAACUAUAACGCAUUUGUCACGGUGAAAUUCGAUAUGAAACACUCUGUCCUGUAUAUAGACUCGUAUGUUCCAUUUACCUCACCGGAGGAGCAGUUUGAUAUAUGGUCUUUAGCCAGCUAAUGUUCAUAUAAUACCAAAAAAUAGCCAAGAGCUAUAGAAUAUUAGAAAGCCUUUUAUUUAGUCUUUCUGUGCUUUUCUUCAUUAUUACAUGUUUCGUUCCAGUGCAAAGAAUUACGUUUAUGCAGGAAACUUAAAGUUUCUUGUUGAGCUGAAAUGGACGGGUAGAACGGAUUGGUCUCCAGCCUCCAUGUUCGAGACAACCUGUCCAGUGGAUGUCACUUUGUACCCUUUCGAUACUCAGGCUUGUGAGAUCAUCAUAGCCUCUUGGAUGUACGAUCACAGGAGGGUGAAGAUUGUCCCAAAGGACACGCCAAACAACACACUCUACUUUGGCGAGAGCGGAGAAUGGAUCUUCAGCAGUUCCAAAGCCAAACAUGAUUUGGUGGAGUACAACGGCAGUAACUUCAGCAUUGCUCGCAUUUCUUUCACAUUCCAACGACGACGAGCGUUUUACGUUAUAAAUGUGAUUGUGCCGGUCCUGUGUCUGUCUCUGCUCAAUACCUUGGUGUUUCUGGUUCCGCCAGAGUCCGGAGAGAAAAUGUCCCUCUCCAUUACCGUGGUUUUAGCCUACUCAGUCUUUCUCUCCAUCGUCAACGCUGACAUGCCUGGAACGUCAAACAGCGUGUCUUAUCUAGCCAUAUACCUCAUAUUUGUUCUCGUGAUGGGCAUGAUCGCAGUGUUUAUGUCAGCAGUUGUGCUGUGGAUAUUCCAUGCAAAAGCCAGACAACUUGAUGAGAAACACAGACAUUUUUCCCUGGGAUCGUGUUCACCACAAUCCGAAGGAAACAGGACUCUCUCGAACACAGGCCAUUUCCAUAUGGUGACAGACAGAGCCAAAUACAUUCAACAGGCAACCAAAAUUGACAGGCUAUCAUUUUGGUCAUUCUUGGCUCUCACUCUUGUAGGGCUCAUCACUUUAAUGGCUUUACUUCUGUCCUAGGUUAUGUUCUAAUUGAUAUAUGUAUAUCUAUGGAUAAAUUAUUAUUAUUUAUCCUAUCGAUUAUCAUGGGCUUACGCCUAUUAUAAUUCCCGUUGUCGUCUGUAUAAGGGGCGAAUAACUCUGCAUGACUUAACCUAACUGAGUCAGUUGGCAACUCUCACAUUGUUGUCGCUGAUUUGUUUUUGUUUUUUUUUCUUUGUCUUUUCGUUAUAUGUCGUGGUUUAUACGCAAACUUCAACCUCUGGGAAUCAGAAUUUCAAUCUUUAAUUCAUUCGAUAAUCUUGUGUUCUAUACGGUGCAAUGUCCUAUCCAUAAAAUAUAAUUAGUGAUUCAUCAAAACAAAAGGCACAACCACAUUUCACAGAACAAGGAUUCAAAAAUUUCUUUUAUGACCUGUGAAUUAUCUGAGUAACACAUUCAGGCUUCUUAUUCUUGACUUCUUACUAUUAUUUAUCAUCAUUGUAUCAGUACUACAGUUUUUCAUUGAUAAAGACAGUUGUUUUACAACUAAACG